UGUCCCUCUUCUCGCUCCGAGUUUCUCUUUCUCUCUCCUCUUCUCUGUGCUGCGCUGCUCUGCUCUUGGUGUCUUUUCCGUCGUGUCUUCUUUCACCCGCGUGCGUGUUUAGCUCGCCAACCCUUCCUGUCCUCCCCAGAGUUCCAUGCCCCGUUCUUCGUGUUGAUCGGGGGGAUGGAGGAAGCCCUAUGCGUGUCCGGAUAUCUUCGUGUACGCCCGGAAGGCCGCCCAUAUGACAAGUUGAAAAGGAAAAAAAAAAACCCUCCGUAUGGGUCGCUGCCUCCUCUCUCUGAUGUAUCGCUAUGCUUGCUAGCAACGAAUGUAUGCCCGCUCCCUUUCUUCAGGGGACCAAACCCCUACUACCUGGUCACAGUGUACCAACCCAAUCCGUUUUCGUUCCCAAAAGAGAAUGUUGACACAUGCCCAAGCCUAGCCUGA